AUGCCAGAAAACGAGAAAGAUCCAGCUCAACCUACUACCAUUGAGGAUCCAUCCAAUCUAGGUAAAACAUGUCUUCAAAUAAAGGAGCUCAAAGACAAAGCAAGGGCAUUAAUGAUCGCAGAAAAUGCCAGAAUGCAAGGCUUGUCAGAAUUCUUCUUUGCCAGGCACGAGGAUAAAAGGCUUUAUGAAACUAAAUCAACAAAUACAGAAGAGGUGAAUAAAGGCAUCUACUUCAGCUACCCAAGUCGGCGACAUAGCUGUGCUUUGGUAAAUAUCACUAAACCAUGUGUAAGCAAAAUGAUUGCCCACAUCGAAGAUGUGGAGUCUAAAAUACAGGAGCAUCUGACACAAUUUGAAGAUUCUUUUGAAGAAUGGACUUCUGCCAUCAAAGGUACAGAGGAAGAUUUGGGUGUCUUUACUCCAGAGGCAGAAUUCUACCCAGAAAAAGCAAAGGAUGUGAAGUGUCCUGAGUUGAAGAAGAGGAUGGAGACAUUGCUAUCAGAGGCCAUUCACCUCAUUAAAAGUCUCGAAACUGACAGAGCAGAAGCAGAACAAGCCUUAAAACAACAAAAAUCACGAAAGAAAAGAAUUAGCAUGAAAAUCGACUCUUGGUCCAUUUGGAAGCUCCAAGAACUCCCAAUAGCUGUACAGAAAGAACACGAGCACUUCUCCAAAGAUAUUGCAGAGUUGAACAGCUAUAUUAAAGACACGACCCUCAAGCUGGAGCAUCUGCAGGAGCAGAAGGAGAGGCUGGAAAAUGCCAAUGCGAAGAUCCAGAUUGACAUAGACUACAUGAUUUCUCAUAGCAUUCUCCUGGAGAAAAAGCGCAAGCAGGAGUUAGAAUCUCUGAGAGAGCGUUACCGUAAAAAGUUUGAGGUAAUGGAAAAAUUUAGAGCAGUUCAUGAAGAGCUUAAAGAGUCCGUGGAUGAGUGUGAAGAUGCAAAGUUAAGGCUUAAGCAUAUGAAAGAAGCAGAUGAGAGAGAAAUUCGCGAAGAGCUAACAAGCGCAGCAUCCUACGAGAAAGAACUGGACAAGCUCUGCACUCUGGAUGCUCACUACACAACCUCCAUCGAGUCUGUGAACCUGGACAUCGAAGGCGAUGAAGAAGCAAUGAGCGAGGUGCUGAGAGAGACACAGAGCACCACAAAUGAACUAGCGAAUUUAAAGAGAACAGUAGAUGAUUUGAAAAAACUCUUUGAUCAGUAUUGCUGGAAACAAAGAAAAUAUGAACAGGAGUACCUGGAGGCACUUACUAAUUUUUAUUCCUCAAAAAAAACAUGGGAUGUUGAGCUUUCUAAUGUUUCAAAAGACUUAAAAGAUCUUUCAUCAGUAUAUUCGGCACAGUCAGAAGAAAACAAAAGGAUCCAGUCUGAAAUUGAAAGCAUAACAGAUGAAAUUGGAGAAAGUAUAAAGAAAAAAACAGAUCUUGAAGAUGAAAUCCACGCAUUUGUGGAAAUGAAGAUAAAGAAUAACAAUUACCUCAAACAACUCUACAAACAGGCUUAUCACACCGGGGCUGUUUACCACCUAGCUAAACACAAAACAGACGAGUUGGAGGAUAAAAUAGCAGAAGUGAGAAGAAAAUUCAAGGGUAGAGAAGAGUUCCUGAAGAAGCUCAUAAGAGGUGACAUAGCUGCAGGGAUUGAGAUUCAGAAAAGGCUGUUUUCCAUUGAAGAAGCUCAGUUUGCUGAGAUGCAAGAGUUUAUAAGAAGAAAAGCACUGUAUAAUUUGGCUUUGUUAGAAGUAGAGGAGCCACUGAAGGAGUUAGAAGCUGAAGCUGUGAAAAUCAGGUACAUUCACAGACAGCACUCUAAUAUGCUGCAUGACAUACGCAAACGGAAAGAACGGGUUAAAAGAAAAGUAGACGCAACAAAGAAAAAAUUACGUAAACGGAGCAAGAAGAGCCGCAAGGAACUCACAAAAACCGAGGGAAGAGGCUCAAUAAUUCAUCAAGAAAUAGAGUCAGCUAAAGGCAAAACAGUUGUCCUCCACGAGAAAAGCAAGGAGCUGAGUAAGGAGAUAAAGAUAAUGAACCUGGAAAGGACAAACUGUGAAGAUAAACUUGAAAAGUUGCAAGAUGAGUUCAUGAAGCUGCGAUUUGACAGGGAACACGUGCACGGUGUGUAUGAUCAUCUCACGAAAGAGAAACAGUGCUGUGAAGAGAGGAUCUUCGAUGAGGAUAGGAGGUUCAGGAGGAUUUUAGACAUGAGGCAGAGCACCCUGGAGACCAUCAGGCAACGUCAAGACGAUUUACUGGAAGAAAACCUGCGUUUAGCCAAAGAGUAUCAAAGCACACAGCUUGUUUUCUUAAAGGAGAAAGAGGCUUACUUCAAUGGAUAUGACAGACUGCUAUCACUCAAUUUUUCUCUUUCUGAUAAGAAAAAGCUCUGUCAGCUGCAAAGAAGUCUGGACCAGAAAUGGCAAGAAUACUUCCGAAUGCUGAUCCUUUUUAACGAGUCCAAGCUGGCCAAGUUCCAGGGAGACUCCCAGAACAGCAUUCAGAAAAUAUUAGCUGUGCAGGAGGAAUCCUCAAGUCUGAUGCAGCACAUCUUAGAUUUCUUCCAGACUCUCCCAAGUAGCCCGUGUGGAGAAGAUGACUGA